GUCAUUUCUUGCAACACAGAGAAUAAAGCUCUGAGAUUAUCAAGAUAAGAGACAAAAGACCAUCAACAAGAUGGCGUGUGGGACUCUCAGAAGCAUUUUCCUGACGGAACCAUGGAGGCCUCUUUCCCGGAAAUCAACUGGGGCAUUUUUUCAUACCCAGAAAUGCUUCAAAACCAAUUUAAUAAGCUGUGGCUGUAAACUCAUCAACUAUAAAAGAAGUCAGUAUCUGAAGUGCUCUAACAAUAAAAGCCCAUUGGCAUCUGAGGGUGGUCCUGACCAAGGUCCUCCUCAAGAAGCUGUCCUUAAGGCCAUCUCAGUGUCCAAGAGUGAAGGGAGGGUUGGACAAACUACGAAUGUCAUAAUUGGAGGCACAGUGCAGGAUGAUGCUACUAAUGAGUGGCUUGCUCUCGAUAAGAAGGUGAAUUCUUACCCCACUGAAAGAGGAUUUACAGCUAUUGGUACUGGAGGUGAUGAUUUUGUGCAGGCUAUGGUUGUUGCUGUUGAAUCAGUGAUACAACAGCCCAUCUCUGAGGUAAGUGAAAAUGAUAAUACACUAGUUUUGCACCUAUUUAGAUUUGGAUGACUAUAUUACUUAGACUUGGGAAAUUUUGGGGAUUACAUGACUAGCCUGAGUUGGUAUUUUGUCUUCCAAAGUUUAAAUUUGUUGAUGGCAGGAUUUUCUUUUUCUAGUGCUAUGGCGAUGAUAACCCAUUGGGACAUGCUAUUUGGUAAUAAUUGAAAUCAAGUUAAUGAA